UGCUCGAGCCUCACGCUCACAUGCUGUCGAGCCUGUCUCUGCAGAAGGGGAAAUGUCGCAAUCGAACCCCAUGACCCAAGAUCAUCUAGGACCAUUACCCUUUUUACAAACACGAGCCGGUCUCCCGUUUGACGGGCUCGGUUCGUUCUUUGUUUCGGUGCCCCUUCCCAAAACCACCGUUUCUUACACUACGACUUCUCCUUAAGGGCUUUCGAGCAGUUGGCUGGGGGGAGUCGGCGGGUUGGCGUGAUGGGUAGCGCAGAGCUUGUUUUUUUGUUUAGUAUGGUUCCGUGGCGGAAACCGGCCGUGCCGGCCUGUCCCUUGCAACGAACAUCCAUUCGUCCAGUGCGACAUGACAACUCUUCUCCGUGUACGAGCCAGGACUAAACUCGAAUUGUGCACUGUACUCUGUAGAAUGUCACAAUGUUGCCGAGCUAAUAUCGCACCAACCCGAACUCAACCCAACGUCCCGACUAACUAUUCUACUUCGAUAUUCAUUCGCCCUGCGCAACGCGCGAACAAAAGUCAAAGGAGGCCAAAUGACACAGAGUGAGAGUGGUGGAAAGAAAGAAAGAAAAAAAGUACAAUUACUAUUCCUAAGGAAUCAGGAAAACACAAGGAGCACGGCCCACUCAGAGAUAUAAAAAAAAAAGAACACGGCACAGGGCCAGCCAGGCACGCCCAUUUCCCGACAAGCUGACAGCCUCACCAACCAACAACCCUCUUGAACGGUGUGCGGCCCGCCUGUCGAACGCGCUUCAAACCCUAUCCUACGCAGAGCGCAUAGGAAGGCGCGCGGCCCGCGGCGGCGGCACCAUGGCCCCCGUUGACACAGCAGACCUCGACCGGCCCACCGUUGCCGCCCUGGUCCCCGUCCUCCAGAUAUUCGACGGCUUCAACCACCGCAACAAGAAUCAGCACCGCGUCGCCCGCUGGUGGGCCCGCUUUGACCUCCUUCGCCGUUCCGUUCGGCGACUCCACGACGCCCUCGAGGCACGCGUGCGUCACCGGCACGCCCAGAGCUUCAAGGCACCCUCCAAGAAGUCGGCCAGCAAGGCCAACGCCAGCGCCGUCAUCGGCAAUGGGAACCGUCGGGGAAAUGCGUUGGAUGAGCAUGUCACUGCGAGGGCACGGCUGCUGCUCGACAUAAUCAUCCCCUCGUCAUUUCUAGAUUUCAGUCAGUUGGCGGCAGAUAACCAACAUGCUGCCCUUGGCCUGGUCUUGCUGGGCGUCUUGGCCCGUAUAAACUCAACCGUCGCUCCCUUGGUCCCCCAACAAUCCGAGAGAGGUGGUGAUAUGCCCAUGACCAAUUCAUCAGCCAGCCACGACGCCGUCACAGUUAAGGACCAGACACCGCCGGAGCUGAUGGACCUCGGCGUGGCCAUCUCUCGAGACCAGUUGAAGCUGGCCGCUAAGCCCCCAGCUCGCCGCCCAAGGAAAGACGAAUGGGAGGCUGUCGCAUCAACUGCGACUAAAAAGAAGCGCAACAUGCUUAAUGCGUCCGAUAGCGAAUCUGAGCCCAGCAGUAAGCUGGUCAAGUCGAAAAAGCCUGAGAAGAAACCCGGCAAGAAAAAGUCGAAAAAGGGUGACGAGUUUUCCGAUCUGUUCAGCUCGCUGAUAUAGAGUACCCAUGUAAACUUACCACAGUGCAAAAACAAAACAAAAUUUGCCCAAUGGUUUUGGUGCAA